AUACAGUCAUUUCUUUAGCUCCUUUCAGCCUUUUGAUUCUUCUGUUUUAUCUUCUGCUCAUCACAUUUGUUUUUUUCUUUCAUUAAGAUCUGGACAAGUCAAAUGAGACAUGGGAUGUGGAAAUUCUUCUCCAUCUUCCACUUCAAACAGCUCCAACAGCAGCAGCAAAACAGGUCAUGUUCAAUCACUUCUAUCAAAGGUAUCAGAGGACUCUACAGCAGAAGACGACAAACGAAAGAAUUAUGGAGGUGUGUAUGUGGGUUUACCGACUGACCUGAGCAACAUUCCUCAAGUGCAGAUAGGAUCACUCAGAGAGACUGAGCAAGAUCCAAAUUCCCUCAGGAAGCCACUGUGGGGAAACGGACUCUAAUUUUAAUGAAGAGCCAGAAAGGUAUUACAGAUGAUCUGAUAAAGAUGGAGCGACGGUUGUGUGAGGAGCAAAAACCUGCCAGGUGUCAUCUGGAACCCUACGAGGUCUCAAAUGGGAAACAGCAGCACCCAGUGGAGUUAAUCUUCACUUUCAGCAUCCUCAGAGAGGACCUUAAUGGGAUCACCUCCUCCGAGUUUAAAACCACAUGUGGAGCCUGUGGUGACGUCCAUCACUAACGGCUUAGGUUAACUAUCGUGCUUUUUUGAGAACAGAUAUGGGCCUGGAAUACUGUGGAAAUUAAACAAAAAAUACGUCACAACAAAUAGAGAAACUCAAAGUGAAAUGGCAAUUUUCUUUUGCAGAAAGAAGAGGAGAAUGCCCACUGAAAAGUUUGUGAUUUCAAUCACAGUUUUGGACUGGGAGAAUUAUUUCCUUCUACGAUUCUGAUACAACUUUUUUCUAGCCAAAAAAAAAGCUGAGUGGACAUGUAAGAGUUUAAGAUAACUUUGAGAGUGGAAAACUUUUUUAAACUUUGAACUCUUGCUUGCCUGCUUUUGUGACAUUUGUAUGAGAGUCUACAGCUUUGGUAAUAGGUGACUGUCAA